AUGGUCUUGGAAUUGUUCACGUCGCAUGAUUUUGGGCCCGACUGGACCCAAGUUGUCUACUCAUGGGUGGUGUUUCAGUCUGCGAAUGGUUUCGACAGCAGCGACAAAUUACCUGCCAACUACCGCCCCGAGUGCGUAGGUCAAUGGAUUUCACGUGCACGACCGCAAAAUUAUGCAAAUCUCGAUCUUAUCCAGAAAUUUCAAUCGCCCUUCUGGGCGUGGUGGGCAAAUCUUCAGCCUGAAGGCCAUGUGGGAGCAUAUGAGCACCCCAUCGAGGAUCUUGAACGUGAAGACAACGGACGCCCCAUCCAAAUUCAUCCAUCGACAGAUAUUAGUUGGGAGUGCCUCAAGACUUGCUCAGGGAGAAAUGGUAUGGUCAGCGUUGUGGCAGCGCUGUUUUUCUGGGCUGAGGGGGCCAAAGUUCUUCCUCUCACAACUCAUCGUGAGAGGGCUAGAUCCAGUGAAGCCCACAGGGAGCUGUAUUUUGCUAUGGGAGACGUUUGCUAUGUGCUGCAGAGUUUGCUUGAUUGA